CCUGGUAUAUGGGUACUUAGCUUUUCCUGGGUGUGCCAGGGCUCAGCCUGUCCUGUCUCAGAUCUCUCUGAGUCAUAAACCCCCCAUCAGCCAAAGCACCCUGAGAGUGCGCAGCAGAUACAUGUGCCAGGCUGGGGGUGCAGGGGCACCUAAUUGGCAGCUGGAAGGGACACGGGCACACAGAGGUGCUGCUGGACCCGGUAUCAGAACCUGAGGACAGAACAUUUUCUCGCACAAUCGGUCUGAACCAAGAACAAGGAGGAUUUUGUGAUAUUUGGUGAAAUAAGAAAGAAUUUGAUGAUGGAAGUGGCCACUGACCAGCCCCGCUGGAUGGCACAUCAUGCUGUGCUGAAUGGUCAGCACCCAGAUAGCCACCAUCCCGGGCUGGCACAUAACUACAUGGAGCCUGCCCAGCUUCUGCCCCCAGAUGAGGUUGAUGUAUUCUUUAACCAUUUGGAUUCUCAGGGUAACCCUUAUUACCCCAACUCUGCCCAUGCCAGGGCAAGGGUAUCCUACAGUCAGGCUCACGCUCGCCUGACCAGCUCCCAGAUGUGCCGGCCUCACCUGUUGCACAGCCCUGGUCUUCCAUGGCUGGAGAGUGGCAAAUCUGCCCUGACGGCUGCCCACCACCACAACCCAUGGACUGUUAGCCCCUUUGCCAAGGGCCCAUUGCACCCCGCAGGAGGCUCAUUAUAUCCCAGUGGGGGAUCAUCUGGGGGUCCGACCUCCUCACACUCCAGUCCUCACCUCUUCAGUUUCCCACCAACUCCUCCAAAGGAUGUGUCCCCGGACCCUGGAAGCGCAGCAUCUCCCCCCUCCAGAGCAGAAGACAAGGAGAGCAUCAAAUACCAAGUGGCCCUGUCUGAGAGCAUGAAGAUGGAGGGGGGCAGCCCCCUGAGGAGCAGCCUAGGACAUAUGGGGGGGCAACCAUCUACUCAUCACCCUAUUCCCACCUAUCCCUCCUAUGUGCCGGCACCUCAUGACUAUGGCAGUGGCCUCUUCCACCCCGGGAGCCUCUUGGGAGGACCAGCUUCAAGUUUCACCCCCAAACAAAGGAGCAAGAGCAGGUCCUGCUCAGAAAGAAAUCCGGUCUCUUCGUGUUUCCAUUUAGAAGGGAGAGAGUGUGUGAACUGCGGGGCCACGGCCACCCCACUGUGGCGGAGGGACGGGACCGGCCACUAUCUGUGUAAUGCCUGUGGGCUCUACCACAAAAUGAACGGUCAGAACCGACCUCUCAUUAAGCCCAAGCGGAGACUGUCUGCAGCCAGAAGAGCUGGAACUUGUUGUGCAAACUGUCAGACCACCACCACCACUUUAUGGAGGCGCAAUGCAAAUGGGGAUCCAGUGUGUAAUGCAUGUGGACUCUAUUACAAGCUUCACAACGUGAAUAGGCCCCUCACCAUGAAAAAGGAAGGAAUUCAGACCAGGAAUAGGAAAAUGUCCAACAAGUCCAAGAAAAACAAAAAAGGCUCAGAAUGUUUUGAGGAACUUUCCAAGUGCAUGCAAGAGAAGCCCUCUCCAUUUAGUGCAGCGGCCCUUGCUGGUCAUAUGGGUCCAAUGGGGCACUUAGGGCACUUCAGUCAUUCUGGUCACAUCUUACAGACACCAACCCCAAUUCACGCUUCCUCUAGCCUCUCCUUUGGACACCCACACCCAUCAAGCAUGGUUACAGCUAUGGGAUAAAAUAACUGCUAAACAGGACUCCUUUAAGGUGAGAAGGCAUUGGCUGGUUUAGCCCCACAGACUGCUAAGGAGAUGGCAUAAACCAAUGGAUGCACCCGGACUUCCAUAUUAGGCUGCAGAAUUUAUUGGUUGGACCAGAUAAGCACUUUGCUCCCCUGGACUGUAAACAGGAAUUAUCUCUUUGCCAUUAACUGACCAACACAUUAAUCUGGUGAAGACUUAUAAAGAAGAGGAUGCAAUGGCUUUUUUAUUUACUGUGAAUAUUGUAAAUAUAAUAAUAAACAUUCUUGGGUGGAGAGGACCCAUUGGUAGAUAAUGCUGGAUUUGUAUUGCGGAUUUGUUUCACGAAGAUGAAUUUAUAUUAAAAAAAGUCUACAACAACUUAAAACAUAUAUAUAUUUAUUUUGCUCCUGAUUUUAUUUUGAAUCCCACCCAUCCCACGUCUUUGGCCUCGUUGCUCUGUGCUUUUGGCUUUUGGGUUGCCCUUUUUAUCAAGCCCAACAAACACCUGUGACCUGUCUUUAACCCCUUUACUGCUGGAGGGUCCCUGGUGAAGAGGUUACAGCAUAACCAACCACGAAAGGCAAUGAACAUUGAAAACUAUUUAAUGUGGUUUGUUCUAAGUAAUUGCACCUGGUCCAACUUUUUAAUUUUUUUUUGUUUGUUUUUUUGUAUUCAUUUAAUGUUCAUUGGCUAUGUUCCCUAACAUUCUUUGUUUUGCACUUGCCAAUAUUUUCCCACAAAAAAGGGAACAAGAAAAAAAUAAAAAAUAAAAACAGUUCCAAAAAUUCAGUUAACCGUAUGGUCUAUCUCAUACAUAUAUAUAAUGUAGCUGUAUUUAUCCACCACAUCCACCCUCAAAUUGUUUGGGUUGCCAAAUUAGAAAUUACUUUAAAUUGGGAAUAAUAAAUCUAUAUUAAAUGGCUCAGUCCCAGUGAUUUCAUUAAGGUUUACAUGAAAUGUUGCAUAAUAACAUAAUCAUUUUUUAUCUUAAAAUUCUUUGAGCGUUUAUUUAUAUAAUCUUAAAGGGACAUUCAGCUAAAUCAUUUCCCAUGAUGCAUAUGAAAGACCAUUUGUUAUUUUCUUUGCAUGUUUGUGCUCAAUUGGUCAGUGAGAUAUAGCUCUGUUGGAAGACAAUGAGUCUGACAUACUCAAGUGUCAAUCAAUAAAAAAGUUUUAAAAUAAAUUAUUUUAGAUGCAAGAAAGGAAAUGCUAUUUCUAUACCUCACUAUAUGACAUCCCUUAACUGAAAUCCAAAUCUCUUGGAAUGAAAUGUGCAAAUUUAUCAUCUCUACUAAAAUAAAAAAAGAACAGUGUUGUGAUUUAUAUUGUCAUACUGAAAGGAGGUAUAUUUUCUCAUUGUAGGGUUGGUUAUAUAUGUGAACAGUUGGCAAUUGUUGCUUAACAUCCAUGCUACAUCUAUUUUAAAAGCACAUUUUGCAUGAGAUUUUAGUUUCAGUUAGAAGCCUUCUGCAAGAAAGGAACAAAACAUAAUAUUGUAAUUCAAGUUCCUGUGUGAAUUAAACUUUAUUAAAAUCAAUAUACAUUUAUUAAAGCAAUUGGUGCAGACCCUUAACAUGUAAUCAUCUUGCAUACCUUAAUAGUUAUAAUAUAUCAACAGCUGUGCAUUGAUGGAUAUUUUUUGUCUUGAAGAAUUUAUGAUGAAAUUGUUUCUAAUUCAAACAAGCAACAUUAAAAUGUAGAAUGGAAUUAAUCUCAUUUCCACCAUUAGUCAACAUUUAGUUGUCAUCUUAUACUGGAAAUGUUUCUAUAUUAUUUGAUAACAUGAAUUGGUUUGGCUCAGUGUGUUUUAUGAACAAUAUUCUAUAUAACAUUACAUUUGUGUAUAUAUUUAUAAAUAUAUAUUAAUGAAGAAUAAAACAAAAAAAGGUUGUUUCCUGAGUUGUAAGAUAUGAAAUAAUGUACAUCCCAGAUCACUAUGGCCUCUGUAUCAUACUGCCAGUGUAUUGCUAAAACAAAAUUAUUUGUCUUAUAUACACUUUUUUUCACUGUUCAUAUAUAUAUAUAUAUAUAUAAAUAUGUAUAAUUCAAUUAUUUGACAAUACUGAUAAUACAUAACUAAAAAAAACAAAAAACAGUCAAGGCAGCUGUUAAAUUAACCCUUUUCACUGCCAAUGUGAGCUUCAACACUCCCUCUGGUAACCAAGGGGUUACUUAUAAAGCAUGCACUAAAUAGGGACCCAGAGGGCAAUGGGUUAACACUUAUAUGUGGCUGCUUUUUGUAGGAAGGUUGAAAUGAAAUCAGGAAAGGCUUUUUUUUGGCCUCUUGCAUAUUGGCAUUCUUCUGUUUAAAUUUUCCAUAACCUCUUCACUGCCGGGGGAGGUCAUUGAUGGAUUCAGUUCCCUCUGGAAGCUAAAGGGUCAGUGUGUGAUGGUACAAUUCUGUACAAAACUUUGUACCUGUUUUAUAUGGGGGAAGGGGUACGGAAGGGGAAAUCGUUACUGAUACACAAUAAAUACAAAGUGCAAUAUCUUGCCAGUCUGCAGUCCAGACAUAAAUUAUUUUGUACCUGUAUCAGCUUAAAAAUAUACAGUAUUUUUUUUUUUUACAAGUUUAUUUUGAUUAGUGAUUUUAAGUUAUUGUUAAUUCUGUACACCAUGUUUAUAUAUUGUCUGUAAAAAAUGUAUGCGCUCCUAAUAUCCCAUGAAGGUGAUAACUGCUAAAAAUAAAAUAUCUUUUUGUGGAA